CAACUUGGGCCCAGCAGAAUGGCUCCCGCAAAGAAGGGUGGCGAGAAGAAGCAGGGCCUUUCUGCCAUCAACGAGGUGGUGACCGGAAAAUACACCAUCAACAUUCACAAGAGCAUCCAUGGAGUGGGCUUCAAGAAGCGUGCCCCUAGGGCACUCGAAGAAACCUGGAAAUUUGCCAUGAAGGAGAUGGGGACUCCAGAUGUGCACAUUGAUACCAGGCUCAAUAAAGCCGUCAGGGCCAAUAUCCGUGUACGUUUGUGCAGAAAACGUAAUGAGGAUGAGGACUCACCAAAUAAGCUCUACACAUUGGUAACUUACGUACCUGUUACCACAUUCAAAAAUCUACAGACAGUCAAUGUGGAUGAGAACUAAGCUGCUGAGUGUCAACUAAAGUUGGAGAACUAAAAAAAAAACAAAAAA